UUAAGCAAAAUGGCAGAGGGUGAAGAGAAAACAAAAGAGAAUUUUAUAAAGCUUUUGACAUUUAUCACUGGACCAGCCACAGAAACGCUACACCUUUACUUUGAGAUAAAAGUUUUAAACUCGGUGGAUUUUUUUAUGUUUUUAGAUAACCAUAAACAUACCUUAGUUCAUCAAUUUAUACAUCCUUCUACUGAAUGCUGUGAAUGUAAGAAACCUUCUCCGGGGGUUAUUACGCAAAUAACUCGUCUUACUCCCAGUCAGUUUGAUUUGUUGUUUGAAACAGAUAAAAGUAAAGAAAUUCAUGGUCAUAAAAGAACAAAAGGACCUCAGAGAAAACAAAUAUGCCUAUGUAGUAUUUCGGCAAAACGAACAACUGCUGUUGAUUGUAUGGAUAUAACACUUAUGUCUGCUGUAUUGACUUCGUGUUGCCCACCUGGUUCAAUUUCCGGAGAUCCAAAAUGGAUAAAAGAUAUUAAAGAAGCAAGAAAUCAUAUUGCUCAUUUGCCAAGUGAUAAAAUAUCGAAAUCUGAAUAUGAUCAAAAAUUGUCUUUGGUUGAAGGAUCACUAUUGAAUAUUGCAAAUGUUACAGGUCCUAUGUUUCUGAAAAUGACAAAAGAAAAAAUUUCUAUUUUCAAAGACAGCGAUCUCUUGACAAUUAUCAACAAAGACCUUAAAAAGAACAACAACGACGAUAUCCGUCAGAUUCUUGAAGAAUUUAUAGAGGAGCAAAAACAAACGUCUAAAUUAUUAGAACAGCAAAACAGGAGUUCAGCAGAGAAAACUGAAGCAAUGAUAUCUGAGGUAUUCAGAAGACUUGAAGAAAAUAAAGCUAUCUCUGUUGGCAUAGGGGAAAUGCUAUUUGAAGUUAAAACAGUGGUGCAAAAGGAACUACCAAAAGCUGCAUAUCCCAUUGAUAAAACAGUUUCGCAUGAUCAUGACGUUUGCUAUGUUGAAUGGAGGGUGGCAACACCAGGAAAUUGGAAUAUAGAUGAAAUUAAAAGAAACUUGGAAAAUACUCCAUCUCUGAUAGGACAGAAGUUCCAUAUAGAAUUUGUUUACAAGGGAUCACUGUUGAUUCAGACAAAAGCUCCAAUGUUUUUGCUGCAAAACUACAAAUUAUUUGUAGAGGCAGUAGAAUCAUUUUUAAAACAUUUUGUUGACAUUUGUGUACUUGAUACUGCGGUCAAAACUAUUGUAAAAGUGGAACUUGUGGUAUCCAAGGAGAAAUUUGCAUCACAACAGCUUGAUUCAGAGAAGAUGGAAACAUCAACGUUUGCGUGUGACCCCUGUUCCAGUAAGAAGCAUUCAUCAGAGGCUAUUCAUUACUGCUAUCAAUGUCAAAACAACCUUUGUCAGCAAUGUUUCGAAACCCAUAACUCGAAUGCAGCGUUUUCGCAGCACAAUCUGACAAGUACUAGGACAUUAACUUUUGAAAACAAUUGUACCAAGCAUGAAAGUCUCACUCUUGACUUCUUCUGUGUAGAACAUGAUUGCUUAUGUUGUCCGACUUGUAUAAUAGGCGAACAUUAUAGCUGCCAGAAAUUGAUACCUUUAGAAGAUGCAGCAAAAGAUGUUAAACAAUCAGUUAUAUUUCAAGACAUAUCUUAUGCUUUAUCUAACAUUGCAACGACAUUAGAUAAAGCAAUUACAAAUCAGGACGAAAAUAUUAAAAGCCUUGAUGGUUAUGAUAAAGUUGCUAUUUCCAACCAAGUUGCAAGUCAUAAAUCCGGAAUCAUUAACAGAUUAGACGAACUUGAAGACAAAAUUAGACAAGAUUCGUACUACUUAAAGGAAGAACAAAAAAUAAAAUCCGAAUCAAGUAAAAAAAAGUUAUUACAAAUAGCAAAACCAAUAAAACACAUGUUGGAACAAGUAAAUAUAGUACUAGAAUAUUGUUCACAUAAGCAAUUGUUUGUUCUGCUCAAUAGAUAUAAAUUAGAAAUUUCAGACUACGAGAAUCAACUCAAGGCAAUCUUACCAACUCUUAAGACAAGAAAGAUUACCUUUCAUCCACCAGACAACAUCAAUAACACUUUCAUAUCUUUGGGGUCGACCAGACUGAAUUCUAUGCAAUACAACGCCGAUUACAAGCUACCGAAAAUGCAACAAGUUCAAGUUCCGUUAUUAGAUACUAGUAUCCAAAUGAUAUCGAACUUUACAUUACACAGUAAAAUUGAAAUAAAACGUCCUGGUGGUGUAUGGAUCAGUAGUAUAGGAAUAACAGACGAAAACCGUCUCUUACUCUGUAACUUCUAUGGUGGAAACAUCCUGCUAUACAGUGAAAAGGGAGAUUACUUGAAUGACUGUAAGUUAUCAGGUGAACCUUGGGAUAUAGCCGUUUUACCCGGAGAAGACAAAUUUAUCGCAACUCAACCUCAUCAACAUUCCAUACAAUUUAUCAACAUUAAAACAAUGAAACCUGGUUCUACACAUUCUGUACCUGGGGAUUGUUAUGCUAUUGCUGUUGUCAAUGACAAGAUUUGUGUUGGUGGACAUCAAGGAUACUUAUAUAUUGUUGAUAAACAGGGGCAACAUAUAACCACAGUGAGGGUUGCAAAAGCUGGUAGUAUAGACUAUCUACAUGCAGGUCUUCAUGAUAGUGUUUACUAUAUAGACAGCAAUCAUAUGGCUGUAACCUGUGUUAAUCUGGAAGGACAUCGACGAUUUAGAUACACUCCGAAAGAUUUAAAAUCAAUUCGGUCUGUGAUUACCGAUAAGGAAGGCAACAUGUAUCUGGCCGGUAACAGUUCUUAUAAUAUCCAACGACUCACACCAAACGGAAAAUUCCUUGACGUCAUCAUGGACGAAGGAAAUUUUAUGAAAAACCCGAUUGACAUGGUCUUCAGUAAUGAUUGUCGGAAGCUGUUUGUAUUAAAUCAAGACAAAAAUAACACAUAUGUUCUCGUUUUCUCGUGGUUAUAA